AUGUCGUCGAUACGAUCGGUGUUGCGCACAACUGCGCGUGCAUCUCUGCCCUCCAGCCGCACGUUCAGCACGACACCGUUGCGGCUCAACACGGCAGCAGCUUCGGCCACGGACGGCGAACAGAUGAUCCGCACCAUCCUCACCGACCGCUUCCAGCCGUCCGUCCUCAAGGUCCAGGACGUUAGUGGCGGAUGUGGAAGCUUCUACGCCAUCCAGCUUUCGUCGAAAAAGUUCAACGGCCUGUCAACUGUCAAGGCGCACCGCCUCGUCAACGAGCAACUCAAGGACGUCAUCAAGGACAUUCACGGUCUCCAGCUCCGAACAAUGCCCGAGGAAUAA